AAGUCCUCCUCCGGCCGACCAAAUCGCUUGAGUUCCUUGUUAUCUUUCUUUCGUUUUACCUAUCGAUCUUAGAUCUGACGAUUCGAGAAUCAUGGUGAAAAAAGCUGCGAGAGAUUGGUCGGGCCUCCCACACGAGAUGUUGGUGGAGAUAGUCACACGGAUUCCGGCGGCGGAAGAUUUCACGGCGUUCCGAGGGGUUUGUACCAGUUGGCGAGCCGCCGCAAGCAAGGACAACUACGGCAAGUCGUUCUCAAGAAUUCCUCCGUUGCUGAUGCUCGCAGAAAAUGCUGGGGACGAACGCGAAUUCUACAACCUGUCGAGCCGUAAGAUUACUAUGGGUUUAUCAGUCCCUGGAGCAAAAGGUAAAUUAUUGAUUGAAGCACGAUUUGGGUGGUUAUUCACUGUUGUUGUUUCGUCGGGUGAGGUUAAUUUGUUGAACCCUUUCUCUGGUGCUCAAAUCCCACUGCCCAAUUUUAAAACAUGCCCUGAAUUUCGCGAUAUUGAUUGGAAUAGUAGGCUUUUAUUUAUGAACAGAGCGAUUCUGUCUGCUAAUCCUUGGUACACCUCAGACUUCACCCUCAUGAUUAUUUUCGGUAGUACGCGGUACUUGGGUUUUUGGAGGCCUAACAACUUGUCAUGGACCCGGACAAAAUCAUCACCCCUUUAUUGUGCAUUGGCUGGGGCAGGAUUGAAAUCACCUUGA